GUUUGAUAGUAAAAUUUACUUAAAAAUUGACUAGAGUUAAAAUAUUUAAUCUCUAAAAAAAAUUUGUCGUAUUUAUAAUGGACUUUAAAGUCUAUCAAUGGUUAAGUUUGUGUUUUAUUGGAAUAUUUAUAAAUGUUACUGAAGGUUCCGUUUGUUAUGAUGAACUAGGAUGCUUUGAUACCGAAUACCCUUGGGCUUCAUUAUUUCGACCUUUUUCUGCACCAGAAUCACCACAAGAUGUUAAUACAACUUUUUUCUUUUCAAAUCGUAUUGUGAAUAAAACAUUCAUUCAGACUUGGCCCACUAUUCAAAUUCAUCCAGAAUUUAACUCUCAAAAACCUACAUAUUUUAUCACACAUGGAUAUACUAGUGAAAGUGAUAAUCCUUGGUUUAAUAAUUUAACGGAAGCAAUUUUGUUCAAAAAAGACAGUAAUGUUUUUGCAGUAGAUUGGGCUUUAGGAUCAUCAGCACUCUAUUGUACUGCAGCUUCUAAUACUCGAAUAGUAGCAGCAGAAAUUCAGAGAGUAAUCCACUACUUAAAAGCCAAUGCAUCUUUAGAUUUAUCAAAAGUUCAUUUAUUCGGUCACAGUCUAGGUGCUCACAUAAUGGCUUACGUUGGAAAAAAUUUUACAAAUCCACCUAUUCACCGUAUAACAGCUUUAGAUCCAGCACAGCCUGGGUUUCAAGGCAAAAAUGCUCUUGUACGACUCAAUAACAGUGAUGCAUCAUUUAUCGACGUUGUCCAUACUGAUGGCAAACCUUUCUUACCGUUCUUAGGUUUAGGAAUGACUUCGGGAGUAGGCCAUGUCGACUUUUUCGUCAAUGGUGGAAAAUGGCAACCAAAUUGUUUAUUAGACGGUGAAGCAUUUCCCUACAAAAAUUUUUGGGAAAUUCCUAUGAUCACUAUUACAAUAUUAUAUAACUUGGCUACUUGCAGUCACACUCGUGCACCUCGGUACAUGGCUGCAGCAAUAAAAGAACCUUGCCAUAUGUGGGCAUAUCGAUAUAAUGCUACUACAGCUAGUUUCCGGUGGAGUGAUUUUAUUAUUGAUGAUAAAUGUGAUGUUGAUUCCUGCUCAAUGAUGGGUUUGGAAACAGUUCACUUUCCUGCUCGUGGCAAUUUUGCUUUUGAAACUUCUGGAAUUUAUCCUUUCUGUCUUAAUGAUACAGAAACCGAGCAAAAAAUGAGGAAAUUAUGGAAAUUGAAAAAUGAAUAUUAAAAUAUAGUGUAUAAGUUGAUACAAUAUAUUUAAUAAAUGUGUGAAUUGUAAAAGCAUACUCGAAUACGU